AUGGCGAACGAAAAAAAGCAGGCGGCCGGCGCCGUCGACGACACCAUCAAGGGCUACGCCCCCUUCAAGGUCCUCCCUCCUGGUGGUCCUUUGAACAGGUGGUCUCACUUCAUCACGAACGGUCAUGACUUUCCUGGUGCCCAGGCUAUGCUCUACGGUGCUGGUGUUCCCAACGAGGAGAUGAUGAAGAAUGCUCCUCAGGUCGGCAUUUCCACGGUCUGGUGGGAGGGAAACCCUUGCAACAUGCAUUUGAUGGACCUUGGAAAGCUCGUCAAGCGCGCCGUUGAAAGCCGCGGAAUGAUCGGCUGGCAAUUCAACACUGUCGGCGUCUCGGACGCCAUCACCAUGGGCGGCGAAGGAAUGCGUUUCUCUCUUCAAACUCGCGAAAUUAUCGCUGACAGCAUCGAAACCGUAACCUGUGGCCAACACCAUGACGCCAACAUCUCCAUCCCAGGCUGCGAUAAAAACAUGCCCGGCACAGUCAUUGCAGCUGCCCGCCACAACCGCCCCUUCAUCAUGGUUUACGGCGGCACCAUCAAGAAGGGCUACUCCGAACUCCUCGAAGACCACAUUAACAUCAGCACCUGUUACGAAGCCUCUGGCGCAUACAACUACGGCAAGCUCCACGCCAAGUGCCGAGCUGGAGAGCCGGGCCGAACCCCUUCCGACGUAAUGUCUGACAUCGAGAAGCACGCGUGUCCCAGUGCUGGUGCCUGCGGAGGCAUGUAUACCGCUAACACCAUGGCCACGGCCAUUGAGGCCAUGGGUUUGACCCUACCCGGCAGUUCCUCGUUCCCCGCUCCGUCGCCCGAGAAGGCGAGAGAGUGCGAGAAUGUUGCCGACGCUAUCAAGGUGGUCAUGGAGAAGGAUAUUCGUCCCAGGAAAAUCCUCACCCGUGCCGCCUUUGAGAAUGCCCUCGUCCUGACCAUGGUUCUUGGCGGGUCCACGAACGGCAUCCUGCACUUCCUGGCUAUGGCAAACGCCGCCGAGGUCCCUCUAACUCUCGAAGACGUGGACCGUACGAGCAAUCGCGUGCCUUUCCUCGCCGACCUCGCGCCCUCCGGAAAGUACUACAUGGAGGAUCUCUAUAAGAUCGGCGGAACCCCGGCCGUCAUCAAGAUGCUUAUCGCAGCACGCCUCCUCGACGGAUCCAUCCUGACCGUCACGGGCAAGACCCUCGCCGAGAACGUCGAGAGCUGGCCUUCCCUCGACCCCAACCAGCCCAUCAUCCGACCUCUCUCCAACCCCAUCAAGAAGACGGGCCACAUCCGCGUGCUAAAAGGGAACCUCGCCCCCGGCGGCGCCGUCGCCAAGAUCACAGGAAAGGAAGGCCUUAGCUUCACUGGCUUUGCCCGCGUUUUCAACAAGGAGCAUGAGUUGAACGACGCCCUGAUCAAUGGCCGCAUCACUCGCGACGAUGGAAACCUCGUUCUCAUCGUCCGUUACGAAGGUCCCAAGGGCGGUCCCGGCAUGCCCGAGCAGCUCAAGGCUAGCGCCGCCAUCAUGGGCGCCGGUCUGGAUAACCUCGCCCUUGUCACCGACGGAAGGUACAGUGGUGCCAGCCACGGUUUCAUCGUCGGACACGUCGUGCCCGAGGCCGCCGUCGGUGGACCCCUGGCCCUUGUCAGGGACGGGGACGUCAUUACCAUUGAUGCUGUGGGAAAUAAGCUGCAUGCAGAUGUCAGCGACGAGGAGAUGGAGAAGAGAAGGCAAGAGUGGCUCGCGAACCCGUGGAAGCCUACCAUUACGAGAGGUGUCUUGGCCAAGUAUGCGCGCUUGGUCGGGGAUGCUAGCCAUGGCGCCGUGACGGAUCUGGAUCUUGGCUGGUAA